AUGUUGGGCGACUACGUUUGGAUGAAGCCGGAGAAGAAGGGGCAGUUCGAUGUUGCCAUCGGUGCCCAGGUGGUCAAGAUCGCCGCUGACAAACUAUCCGUCGUGGACGACGAAGGCAAGUGGCAAUCGGUGGCCCUGAGUCGGAUAUUGAAGGUGAUGAACUCGACCUCCAUUGAAGGAAUGGAUGACAUGAUCUCGCUCGGGGAACUUGACGAGGCCAGCAUCCUUCGAAACCUCUUCAUACGAUAUAAGAAUAAACUCAUAUAUACAUAUACAGGAAGCAUUCUAGUUGCGGUGAACCCGUAUCAGUGCCUCCCCAUUUACACAGCGGAAAGGAUCAAGCUGUACCAGGAUCGGAAUCUCGGGGAGCUUCCUCCACACAUAUUCGCCAUUGCGGACAAUUGCUACACUCACAUGAGAAGAGACGGCCAAGAUCAAUGCAUCGUCAUCAGUGGAGAGUCAGGAGCAGGAAAAACCGAAAACACAAAGCUUACCCUUCAAUAUUUGGCAGCCAUCUCUGGCAGACAUUCCCAGAUUGAGCAGCAGGUUUUGGCAGCCAAUCCCAUCCUAGAGGCAUUCGGGAACGCGAAGACAAUCCGAAACGACAACUCAUCCCGUUUUGGCAAGUAUACCGAAAUCCACUUUAAUCCCGAUGGCGCAAUAGUGGGCGCGCAAAUCAAGCAGUAUCUCCUGGAGAAAAGUCGGAUCGUGUCCCAGGCUAACGAAGAGAGAAGCUUCCACAUUUUCUACUCUCUGCUGGACGGAUUGGAUGCUGGCGAUAAACAACGUCUGGACCUUGUCGAUGCGUCAAGUUACAAAUAUCUAACUGAAGGUAGCACCGCGAAAUACGAUGGACGAGAUGACAGACCCAACUUCUCUGACAUUCGAUCGGCCAUGAAGGAACUCGUAUUUUCUGACUCUGAGAUCUCAGACAUCCUAAAAGUCUUGGCUGUCAUUCUCCACAUGGGUAAUAUCGAGAUGGAGGCACACACCAUCGAUCAUCUAGAUGCAACUCAGAUCCCGAACAUGACCCAUGUUGAACGGAUUGGGAAGCUGGUGGAUCUUGAACCAGCGGCCAUUGUGAAAGGAAUUACAACCAAAACCAUCAUCAUCCAAAACGAACCCACGGUGUCCAACCUAGCAUACCGCGAUGCCGUGGACGUCCGAGAUGCCCUCGCCAAAGGAAUAUAUGCCCGCCUCUUCGUUUGGAUUGUCGGCAAGAUCAACUCGGCUAUCAUUCAGCCGGAAGCCGGAUCAUGCUCGUUAAUCGGGCUUCUGGAUAUUUUUGGUUUUGAAAAUUUCGAUCACAACAGUUUUGAGCAGCUGUGCAUUAAUUUUGCUAAUGAAACCCUGCACCAGUUCUUCUUUCACCACAUAUUCAAGCUAGAACAAGAGGAGUACGAUGCGGAAGGUAUCGAAUGGAACCACAUUGACUUCGUCGACAACCAAGACUGCCUAGAUUUGAUCGGAAAGAAGCCAAUGAACAUCAUGAGUUUAAUGGAUGAAGAAUGCAUGAUGCCGAAAGGCACCGAUCAGACGCUCUUAGCCAAGUUCAACACUGCCUAUUCAAAAGAUAAAAGCUAUCUGAAGCCCACACGUCACAAGACAAACUCCUUUGGGAUCGCUCACUUUGCCGGGGAGGUAUACUAUGAUGUACAGGGCUUUUGCGAGAAAAAUUGCGACACUUUCUCGAUCAGUCUGAUUCAGCUCAUCGAACUGAGUGGAAACAAGUUCCUCCGGAAUCUAUUUCAGGCUGACAUCAUCAGAAUAUCCCAGAAUAAUAAGCGAUCUCCCUCGAUUUCCGUUCAAUUCAGGACCAGUUUGGAAUCCCUCAUGAAGACUCUCUCUUUGUGUCAGCCCUUCUUUGUUCGGUGCAUCAAACCUAACGAACAAAAGAAGUCCAUGCUCUUUGUUCGGGGGCUUUGUUGUCGUCAGCUGAAAUACUUGGGAAUGAUGGAAACAGCUCGCAUCCGCCAGGCGGGAUAUCCCAUCCGACACGCCUUCCAGGAAUUUGUGGGUCGAUAUUGGUGUCUCAGCGGCCUUAUUCCUCCUUCUAAGAAUGAGGAUAAACACGAGCGGGCAAGACAAAUUUGUGAGAAUGUGUUGGGUUCGUCAGGUGAUUAUCAGCUUGGGACGUGUAAAGUGUUCUUGAAAAUUGCCGGCGACCUACACCUGGAGCAAGAACGAAAUCGAAUCCUUAGAAAUGUAGCAAUCGUACAAAGGCAUAUUCGAAGAUGGUGUCAGCGUCGGCGAGCAGCAGCUAUCGUCAUAAAGCGUUUCUUGUUGGCAGCUGUGCGUCAUGGGCGUUUUCGCGCCUGGAGAAGUUUCUUCUUAAUUCGCUUUCGCAAGCUUCGGCGACAGUUGAUCCUUUUCCAGAAACUGUGGCGAACCUACUUGGCCAAUAAAAGUGUUAAUAAAGAAGACCUUGGGGAGCAGAAUCUACAGAACUUCCCGGAGAUCCCACAAUCGGAAAGAACAGAAGAAAUAGAAGGGACGAUGGAAACUCCUGUCAGAGUAGAUGAAGGUGUUCGACUCAGGGACAAGCCUAAAGGUGCAGCGGGGGAAUGCAGGAAGAGUUGCCCUCCUGCUGUUGCCGAGGCAGAAGCUAGAAAAGGCGGCAUGGCUGCGAAACAGAAGAAACCAUCGAAGUUUCGGAAUCUUAUACGCUGGAAAUCAAUGGAAGGAAAAACGCCGAAUGCGCAAUCUGCAGCAUUAAGAGGGUGGGAAGCUGCGAACAAUGGCUGUCAACCUUGGACAACAUCGAACGCCGAACUUCCAGAAGGCGAACUUGCCCCUGAAUUGACAAAAGAUAGCAAAAGAAAAUCAGUGUUCCUGAGGGAGAAUGGCCUACCCACAAUGGAGAAAGCCCCACGAGAGGAGACGAUGAUAACGACUGCUCUGAUUCGUCAGAAGCUGAGACGGACUUAAAACCAGAAUAAUGGAACACCGGACAGCUUUCAAUAGUUCAACUCUUACAAGCCACGAGUACAAACACCUCUAGCUUUAUUUCUACUCGCCCAACCUGAUGACUUGGAAGCGAAGAGGCAUUCCAAUUUCCAUUGGAAUGCGUGUCUGCUUAUCUUUAGAUGCAUUUUCCGGAAAGAAUCCACCUUCUUUUCCUCGCUGCUAUCUAGAAUACUUGAUUGAAGAUUCCCUAUUCAUGCAUGG